AAAUCGUCAGUCAACAACAGCACACGCCACAGUGCGAACACCUCCAAGGGGCAUAUCGUCCAUUCUCAUCGUGUUUGGUUUUAAAUAAUAUUAUACCUACAUAAUAAAAUAUAAUAUUGUCGUACCUUAAUAAUCGAGRCGAACCGAAACCAAUCGGCCAAGAUGAAAAUAUACAUUUUGAUGGGUCUGGCGUGUUUGGCGGCCAUGGCCACGUGCUCGGAAGACACGACGACCGAACAUGUGCAAAAGGUGCASCAAGACCAACAGACGGCAGAGGACCACCAGUCCAUCAAACGCGACGCCGUCGAAGAUUACAGCGCGGAUGAGUCAUACGCUCCGUCAGCCGUCGCCGGCGGUGAAGCAUACGCACACGACACCCCCGCCGAGGCAUACGCACCAUCCGCCGCCGAAGCAUACGCACCGUCUGCCGCCGAAGGUUACGCUCCGUCCGCCUACGCCGCUGCUCCAGUCGCUUACGCGUCUCCUGCAGCCGUCCACGCCACUGCUCCAGUCGCUUACGCGUCUCCUGCAGCCGUCCACGCUGUCCCCACAGCUUAUGCCGCUGCCGCUGCCCCAGUCGGUAUCGCCACAGCGCCUGCCGCCUACGGAUACGGACCGUCCGCAUAUCCUUCAGUUUCCGGAUACGGAUCGGCUUAUGCCCCAUCAUACGGACCAGAACACGUGAUCUCGCAACAUGUCGAGAUCAACCGAGCCAUACCUGUGCCAGUGUACAGGACGAUCGCCGUGGGAGUACCGCAACCUGUUGCCGUCCGUGUACCGUAUCCGGUGCCGGUCAUCAAGACGGUCGCGUACCCAGUYGAGAAACCCGUGCCAUACCCGGUUGAUAAGCCGUACGCCGUGCACAUCGAAAAGAAAGUCCCGGUGCCCGUCGACAGACCAUAUCCCGUGCCCGUCUACAAGAUCAAGCACAUCUACCACGAGCCAAAGUGGGCUAAAUGGCUCAGGGAUUGGUAACGACCGCGGUAUACUCACACCACGCCAUAUAAUAUUAUAUAAGUCGUAACGCGCAUUACGCGGUUGAGUUGUGUUUAGGUUUUGUACUUACCUAAUCCGACCUAUAACUCAACUUACUUGACUAUUAUUACCUGUAUACCUAAUCUGUCUGCCUUUUCUGCCUGUACCCCUUAACUGUAUACCGUCGACACGCACCGUAAUCUGGACGGUCAACGAUGCAACGGUACGGUUUAUUUUCAAUCUUUGUUUCUUUUUCGUUUUAAAUAACACGACGUGACUUAAAAAUACGUUUUUUUUWAAGUAUACACGCGUUUAUAUAAAAAUGUUAAUAAAUUAUGUAAGCACAGCAGUGUUAUGGUACUGAUGAUAAUUGGACUGAUCGUUCACGUUAACCCAGUGUGCAUUUACAUGAUUUUUUUUAAUUUUAAUUUUACUUUAUUUUUAUUUUGUAUACUAUAAUUUUGUUAACUAGUAUGUAUUUUAUCCUCAACAGUAAUCAAUUACAACAUCAAUGAAUAAAACACGAUUAUAUCUAUAAAAA